GGCUAGAUUCUGAUGAAGAAAGGAAAGAGGGAUCAUCCAUUCAGCAUAUUAGUGUUACAUGAGCUAGAUACUGGCGGCUUUGGCACAGGGUUGCCCUAGAUUUGCCAUUGUGGCCAGCGAAACUGAAGGAGCUACUGUCAUCUCAUCAAUCAAACUAGAACAUUGCAAGACGAGCUGAGCUCUAGGUCAGGCAUGACGUAAUCCCAAUCAACGGAUCAGGCGUAACAAUCAUGGCACAGAAGAGAACCCAAUGAGCAGCAACCCGUCAAUGUCUUUGUGGCGCCCCUGGAAUCUUUGAGCUUCAAUGGUUGUUGCUUUCCAGCAGAUUGAUGUGACGCAUAAUGCAAAAGGGGGGCAUGAAAGCCUUGAAAGAGGGGCUUGCAGCUUUCACGUUUCCUAGCUGUCAGAUUUUCUUCAUGUGCAGCUUUUACGUAGGACUCACACAGCUGGCUUGCAAAUCGGUUGGAUGCGACCUGCGUCUUGUCAUCUGGACCUGUAAGGUUAUGAAGAUGACGACACAAUCGCACACACGGCUGCUCGCAAGCCCUUUCGCAACGGCGGCACUCGUUAUUCUCCCCCUUCUAUCGCUGGGCUUCAUUCUCGGGCGUUCCAGCCACCCAGGAAUGUGGACCCCGCAGUUUAUCCAGUUCAACUACAAAGUCUCAGAGCGGAUUCAAGCGUCUAAGAGUGUGCACAUCAAGCUGCCAAGUGGUGUGAAAAGGCACCUGGGGCUGGACUCGUUAACACUACCGGACGGCCGCCCAAAGUACUCGAGGCACCGAUGUGUGGGCUAUCACGAGUCUCCGGAGUGGGUCUAUAGGAAGUGCUCCUUCCACAACGUGUGCUACAACUACAAGGCUAGAGGAAUGUACUACUAUGUCGACCCAGCAUUUCGCUGGCCGCAAGUUUUUCCUGUCGAUCAACCCCCGCAAACUUCGUUCUUCAGCCCUUACGUGGCUUACAAGACCAACGCAAUGUCUGGAGAAGGAAUCAAUCCGGAGGCAGACGUCUGGGCUGUGAAUAACACGUUUCCUGAGUCCUAUUGGAACGUCUCCUACGUUCCAGGCAUUAGCGCAAUCUAUCAUCCUGUCAGCGAGAAUUUUAACAUGGGUCAUUACCUGCUUGAUGAUGUGUACUCCAUUUUCGACCUUCUCCAAGCCUUUGAGCUGCUCCACUCGCCAAAGCGGGUCCAAAUCAUCAGCAAUCUGCCCUGCACGGCCGUCUCAGACGCUGCGACAAGGCGCACGUGUCAAAAAUUCAGCGACUCUUUUUGGCGGGGCAUCUCCGACCAGGAAGUCAUGGGAUUCGAAGGAAUCAAAGCCAAGUACGGCGGGCAAGGGGACAUCGUCUGCUUCGAGCAGCUGCUGAUCGGAACAGGCAACAGUGGGUGCAUUGCCGGAAAGCACUCGCAAACCAUCCGUUACAGCCGGGCUGCCUCCCUGUGGGAGUUUCGGAACUCCCUCUUGAGAGGACUAAGAAUAGAUCCGCUCAGAGUGCCAACCGAGCACCUCAUUCUCAUUUUCCGCAAGUCGGGCCGGCGGGGGUUGCACAACGUCGACGAGAUUUUCGCAGCCAUCAGAAAAGAGAAACGGUACGAAGGCCUGUCCGUUCGCGUUCUCGAAAACGUUGAAGACAUGCCGAUACGAGAUCAGCUGGAGCUCACAACCAGAUCGACGGUCGUCGUUUCGCCCCCUGGCGGAGCUUCGUCUUUAUUCUUUUUCCUGCCCAGGGGGGCCCACCUAAUUGUGGCUGACUACUGGUAUUUGAACGCAACAAGCCCAACAACGCGAGUUGGUACAACGCAGCAUAUGGACGACUCUCUAUGGGACUUCAUAACUCAUAUCAAGACGCAAUACUACGACGUUCGCGAGGGGGAAUACUUCAUACCCCCAGGAUUGGACCCAACUGAUAACCGGGUCUUACGGGACGAUUCCGAGGUUAUUCUUAACCUAGACCGCUUGUUUCUGCUGAUCGAUGCUGCCUUAUUCGACAUGUCGCUGCCGAAAAGCUGAAAAGGCGAGUAGAGGGGUGUUUUCAAAUUGCCAAUGGAUAGACUAAUAGCUACAAGGUGAUCAGUUUCAAAUGCUCGAUACCCGCUUUGCGUCGAACGCCCGAUCUAACCGAUCAAUAGAUCGUCAUAAGAGAACCAAAACGAGCCCUGGUAAGUUGUAUCAUAGAUUUGUUAACGCGCGUAGGAUUUGGAGGAUGCGCUCAGCGGACUAGCCUUCAGUCGACCAGCACCGCGCAUGUGCACAGGUAAAGUAUAGCAUUGAAGUCAAACGUACAUUAGGAACGGUCCUAAUAGCAACUAUUUCUCACAUCGAACGAACGCUUAUGAAAUUGGGUUCGAGUAUCCAGUAUCCUGCAAUGAUGGUUGCAAGGUCGU